ACUUUAUAUCCCUCUCCAUAGCAGAGUCAGAUUUAUUGUCCCCUCAGUAAUAUUAGAGUAUUUUUUUUAGAUGAAUUUGAUGCUUUUAGUGUCACAUGGAAGUUGAGUAAGGGGGCCCAUCUGUUUAGUCCUCCUCCAGUCCUCCUAAACCCUCAGACCGGCCCUGCUGUCUCUUGUUUCCUUGGUAUGCUGCUGUUGUAAAUACUUCCAUGAAAAGAGGGCUGGACGACCCCAGCUGCCAGCGGUGCAGCCCCGCGUUCAGUCCUUGUUCCUCGGUGUGAUGAGACCACACAGUCUGGAUCCAGGUUGCGUAACGUUCCCCUGCAGACCAGCAGCUUCAGUGUCGCCCGAUCGAGUCCGGAUCAGAGGCGGGCAUGGAGCGGAGCGAGGAGGACCAGAAUGAGAGCGGCGCGUCCCAACAACACAACACGAUGUGGAAACAGUUCCAAGCCAAAGCGAAGCCGCUGCUGAGCCCCAAGCUGGGCUCCAGAGACCCCAGAGACUCCAGAGACCCCACAGAUCCCGAGGACAAGAAGGAGAAGUCCGGGUGGAUGUUUAAGAAGAUGAAGAGGAAGGAGACCGUCGCCCUGGACCGAGUGAUCUCCUCCUCACAGCCGGACUUGCUGUUCGCGUCCCCGCAGCUGGAGGAGGCGCAAGUCUGCGGCAAAGCGGCGGCCAGCGGAUCCGGAUCAGUGAAGCCCCUUUCCCACAGAUCUGGCAGUACAAACAAACCCACGUUGGCUCAUCUGGUGCAGUCCCAUCACAAGAGCUCCUCCCUGGGGUCUGCGUGUUUGGAGAGGCUGGCGGAUCCUUCGAGCGGCAGAAGCGAAGGCGGCGACGCGGCAACAUCUGCCGCAGCUGCAGAAGCUGAGCAGGCGAGUAUGGGCGCUCCAAGCUCCUCAGGGGUCACGUCUGAGAGGUCCGUCCCAAACACAGGGAUGUACAAGCUGGAGAUCGAGCUGAAGAGAGGACACAAUCUAGCUGUCAGAGACAGAGGAGGGACAAGUGAUCCGUACGUGAAGUUCAAGCUCUCGGGUAAAGAGGUGUUCAGGAGUAAAAUCAUCCAUAAGAACCUGAACCCGGUGUGGGAGGAGAAGACGACGUUAGUGCUGGACUGUCUGAGUGAGCCUCUAUAUGUGAAGGUCUUUGAUUAUGACUUCGGCCUUCAGGAUGACUUCAUGGGGUCAGCUCACCUUUACCUGGAGAGUCUGGAGCAGCAGAGGAUGAUCCCAGUGACUCUGGUCCUGAAGGAUCCUCAUCAUCCGGAUCAGGAUCUGGGUUCUCUGGAGCUCGCUGUGACCCUGACUCCUAAAGACAGUCCUAUAGAGGAACGACGAGACUCAACGCAGCAGUCGUUGCGUCUCUCCGAGCUUCAUCGUAAGUCUCAGCUGUGGCGAGGGAUCGUCAGCAUCGCUCUGAUCGAAGGGCGAAACCUGAUCCCCAUGGACCCCAACGGACUGAGCGACCCCUACGUCAAGUUCAGACUGGGUCCUCAGAAGUACAGGAGCAAGACGGUGCCAAAGACCCUGAGUCCUCAGUGGAGGGAGCAGUUUGACCUCCACCUGUACGAGGAGACCGGAGGAGUGCUGGAGAUCACCGUGUGGGACAGAGACACUGGGAGGAGAGACGACUUCAUUGGACGCUGUCAGCUGGACCUCUCCACGCUGUCCAAGGAGCAGACUCAUCACCUGGAGCUGCAGCUGGAGGAGUCCCGGGGGUACGUGGUGCUCCUGGUCACGCUGACGGCCUCCGCUCACGUCUCCAUCGCCGACCUGUCCGUGACCCCGUUGGACGACCCGCAGGAGCGGCGGGAGAUCCUGAAACGAUACGGUGUGUGUAAGUCCUUCUUUAACCUGAAGGAUGUGGGCAUCGUGCAGGUGAAGGUGAUGAGAGCUGAAGGACUCAUGGCAGCAGACGUGACUGGUAAAAGCGAUCCGUUCUGUGUGCUGGAGCUGAACAACGACAGACUACAGACUCACACUGUUUACAAGAACCUCAAUCCAGAGUGGAACAAAGCCUUCACAUUUAACGUCAAAGACAUCCACUCGGUGCUGGAGGUGACCGUGUUCGAUGAGGACAGAGACAGGAGCGCCGACUUCCUGGGGAAAGUGGUCAUCCCUUUAUUACAUGUCCGAAACGGGGAACAGAAGAGCUACAUGCUGAAAAACAAAGAGCUGACCGGGCCGACCAAAGGACACAUCUACCUGGAGAUCGACGUCAUCUACAACACCGUGAAAGCGGCUCUGAGGACGGUGGUUCCUGCAGAACAGAAGUACAUCGAGGAGGAACCCAAAGUCUCCAAACAGUUGCUUCAGCAGAACUUUAACCGUGUGAAGAGGUGCAUCAUGGUCCUGUUCAGCUAUGGGACGUACAUUAACAGCUGCUUCGAGUGGGAGUCUGCACAGAGGAGCAUCGUCUCCUUCGUGCUGUUCGUGGUGGUGGUGUGGAACUUUGAGCUCUACAUGCUGCCUCUGGGUCUCCUCCUCCUGCUCGUCUGGAACUACUUCUUCUCCUCCUGCAGAGAAACAGCCGACAUGACCAUGGAGGCCAUGUUCGAGUGGGAAGAAGACGAAGAGGACAAAGAGGACAAGGAGUCAGAACACAAGGGCUUCAUGAAUAAACUCUACGCCAUCCAGGACGUGUUCAUCAGCGUGCAGAGCGCUCUGGAUGAAGUGGCCUCACACGGAGAGAGGAUAAAGAACACGGUGAACUGGACAGUGCCUUUCCUCAGCUGCUUGGCGAUCACUGCCUUAUGUUUAGCCACAGUUCUGCUCUACCUCAUACCUCUGCGGUACCUGGUGCUGGCCUGGGGUGUGAACAAGUUUACCAAGAAGCUUCGAGAUCCGUACAUGAUCGACAACAACGAGCUCCUCGACUUCCUCUCCAGAGUGCCGUCAGAUGUUCAAGUGAUGCAGUACCGUGAGCUGAAGACCGACCCCGGUCAAAGUCCAAACAAACGCAGGAGGACGAACCUGAGCUAGCCGCCGCCGCCGCCGCCACCGCCACCGCCGCUGUGGCUCCGCCCCGUCCGUCAUCAUCAUCCCUCUCUAACUGUACACACUGUAAACUAUCUUAUUUAUAUAUUUCUGCUCUAUUUUCAUUAUCAACAGAAGUUCUGUGUUGAGUUGAUUUUUUGUUUUGUUACUGUGGAAAGAUUUAUUUUCUAAACCCUGUAAAGAAUGUUUUUAAUAUCUUUUAUUUCUUGUAACACACACACACACACACACACACACACACACACACACACACACACACACACACACACACACACACACACACACACACACAGAGGAUGUAUAUGUGUUAAUAAUGUACCUGUGUGUGUUAUAAAGAUGAUGCAUGUGUGGCGUGUGCUCCUGUUGCAUGGAAAUGUUGCAUCUCUGUGUUUUUUACUUCUUUCAGUUUGUCGUGUGAGUUUUUACCUCGUCGUGUCGUCGGUGUCUGAUGUGACUUUAAUAUAGAGUUGCAUGUUUUACUGACACUGUUACUACAUGUAUGACAAUAUUUACACUAUCAGAAGAUACUUUAUAUGCAACACAUGUCAGGGUUGGAAAAAUCUACAGAACAAUUACAGUAGCAUGUCGAACAACUAGAAAAAAAGCUUUUAUUGGAUUACAACCUAUGAAGCAUUUUUUAAACAUUUUUUUACAGUUGGAACAUAAUUUAAAGGGGCAUUCUGACAUUUAAACACAUGUACGGUCACUUUUAAAGGGCUGCACAGUCGGUGGAAACACUUGAAAACUGUUAUUUUUAGCCUGAUGUGACCUUUUGUGGAUAAGAAGACGGAGCUGGACAGGAAUGAGGGGUUAGCUGAUGCUAAGCUAACAGAAUAAAGUAGAGCUAGCUUAGUUUGCAAGGUGCAUAUGUAGUUUAUGGGAUGCAAGAAACAAAGACACUAUUCAGCGUUUCUUUUCAGUACUACUUUUUAAAGGUCUUCCUGGUAGUGCUCUGUUAGUCGUUGGUAGCCCCGCCCCCUGCUUCCUGGUCUCUGUGAUGCUAAAUGGGACCAUAAUUCGUAAAAAGAAACAUAAUGCUGUGUUGAGGAAGACUUGAAACUACAGAUUGAGACCAUAAACUCAUUAGGGAAAUGUUUACAGGGCGAAUAAAUCAGCUGAGACUCAUCGGACUACUUUGUGCAGGCAGUGGAGUCGCCCCCUGCUGGACUCAAGAGAGAAUGCAGGUUUUAAACUUAUGAUUUGGCACCAAUUCUCAAAUCUGAAGAUUAUGAUGUCAGUUUGUGAAUUUAAAUUGAGAUUUCUCAACUCUGAAAAAAAAAUCACUCUGAUGAUAUUAUAGAAUAUCCAAAGACUGCUCCGUGUCUUCACUGUAAACCAGAGGGAAAUAAUGUUUCUGCUCUUUAUCUGGCAGCUUCACUUACAUUUAAAAUUUUGAUUUUUAUGCACAAAAUGUGCGAAAAAUUAUAAAAAUAAGAUGAUUUAAAAAAAACAUAAUUUUUUUUUCUAUUGUUAAACCAGAAAAUAAAUCCUCUUUAGUUCUGAUGUGUCUGAAAAGAGAGAAUAUGCUGAUUUUUCUUUAAUAUUUUUUAUAUUUUUCAAACAUUUUAAAUUUCUAUGUUAAAGAUUAUGGGAUGUUUUUCCUGCAUGUCCGUGUAAGCUGUCAUUCGUACGUGUCAAAGUGUUUUGCAUGACUCAACUUAUAUGCAAGAGCAUUUACAGAUACUGAAUGUGAAGUUGACCUGUGUGGUGUCCAGAUCCACCUGAGCUCCAGGUAAAGAGAGGACCAAGCUGCUGUACAGAUCUGAUGUUAUAAUGUUUACUCUCUCUCUCUCUUUACCGCCGAUUCGUCACUUCUGUCAUCUGUUUCGGAUUCCUGUUGCACCAUUUGCUGCUGUUGAGCAAUUUACUGCCAUAAAGUCAGGACCGACUUUAACGACUGUGUAGCAUUUGUCUGAGAAAAUAUAUUUCUACACAAGCA